AUGAUUGCGGGGCCCCCAAUGAGUUUCGGUAUGAUGAAAGGCGGUAUGAAUGCACCGCAUAACCAAUACCAGUACCACCCCCAAUACCCGGGCGGGUCAAGCAUGGGCCCGCCGGGUUAUGGGUGGCAACAUCAGGGGCGUUUCGCUGCAGAGAGUGCGAGGCGCGCCGGAGGCUCCACGCAGAGUGCGCAGGCCGCCAAGGACGAUAAGACGAGCCCCUUCGUAUCCACUAUACAUUCUCAUCCUGGAUUCCAACCGCAGAAAAUUGGAAAGGGGGCUGGUGGGGGUGCAGGGCUCCCCAAGCCUCCAAAACCACCAGAAAAGCCUCUAAUGCCUUACAUGCGUUACUCCAGAAGAGUAUGGGACAGUGUAAAAGCUGCUAACCCAGAUUUAAAACUAUGGGAAAUUGGUCGCAUUAUCGGUGGUAUGUGGAGAGACUUACCUCAAUCUGAAAAGUAUGCAUUUGUUGAUGAAUAUGAAGCUGAGAAGGCGCAGUACACAGAAAUGUUGAAAACAUAUCAAUCUUCGCCUGCGUAUAUACAAUGGCUGGCUCACAAGAAUAGAGUUGGUAACUUGGAAGAAGAAAGUUCAAGUAAGAAAGGUGGUUCGCAGAAAGAACAACAGCAGCAAGACAGAAGAAUUGAUAUCCAGCCUGCUGAAGAUGAAGAAGAUCAAGACGAGGGUCUGUCAGUGAAGCACGUGGCGUACGCCCGCUACCUGCGCAACCACCGGCUCAUCAACGAGAUAUUCUCCGAUACGGUGGUGCCCGACGUGCGCUCUGUCGUCACCACUGCCAGGAUGCAGAUCCUAAAGAAACAAGUACAAUCACUUACAAUGCACCAAAAAAAGCUGGAAGAUGAACUGCAACAGAUUGAAGAGAAGUUCGAAGCGAAGAAGCGUAAAUUCAUUGAAAGCAGUGAAGCAUUCCAAGAAGAACUAAAAAAACAUUGCAAGCCAGCAGUGGACGAAGACACAUUCGCCCGUAUGGUGGAACGCGCGCUGGAACAACUGCGGCGCGGCGUCGCACCGCAACCCCACAGGGAUCGGCCCCAUGAGCCGAUGGAUCAAGACCAAGCUAUCAAAAGCGACACCGGACCAAACGCUCCAACGCAAGUGGACAAGGUGUCAACUACUGAUGUAAAGCCAGACACACACAACACUACGGAGCUAAACAAGCCCGAAGCGGAGCCCAAGGACUGCGCCCCCGAGACUAGUGCCACACAGGAGAAUGAAGGCGAGCGCAAAGAAGACAAACCACUGGAAAUGAAGAUGACAGAGAACAACAGAGAAGUUCCAGUGCCAGUACCAGUUGUGCCUCCACAACCACCCAUUAACUCUCCCACGCCACCAGUAACCAUGAUGAUGCCACCCAACGCCAACGCUCCAUCUGCUCACCCUGCUCAACCCCACGGAGGACCUCCACCCCCACCAGGUGGCUACAACUCUGCCGGCUACGGCGGCCGCUACUACGGCGGGUACGCAGGCGCGUUCCCGCCCUACCCGCACUACUACCCGGAGCACUACGCGCACCACCCGCCCGCCGCGGCGCAUCCGCCCGCCCAUCACCAUGACGUUAAGCCUGAGGAGCCACCUGCUAAAAAGGAGGCCGAA